AAACAAGAUCUAGAUGAUCCAUAUUUGGUAUUAAAUCAUAAAAAAAUCAAAAGAAAAAUAAAAAAUAGUAAAAAGGAAUAUGGGAAGGGGGAGGGUAGAGCUGAAGAGGAUAGAGAACAAGAUAAAUCGACAAGUAACAUUUGCUAAGAGAAGGAACGGGUUGCUUAAGAAGGCUUAUGAGCUAUCAGUUCUUUGUGAUGCUGAGGUUGCGCUCAUCAUCUUCUCCAACAGUGGCAAGCUGUUUGAGUUCUGCAGCAGCUCCAACAUGGCCGCGACAAUCGAAAAAUAUCAAAGGUUCAGUUAUGGAGCACUGGAAGGGGGCCAAUCUGAAAAGGAGACGCAGAACAAGUACCAGGAAUACUUGCAGCUAAAAACGAGAGUGGACGUGCUACAGCGUUCUCAAAGGAAUGUUCUUGGGGAGGAUUUAGGGAAUUUGGGCACUAUGGAGCUUGACCAGCUUGAGGAUCAGCUUGACUCGUCAUUGAAGCAAAUCAGGAAUAGAAAGGCCCAAUUUAUACUGGAUGAACUUUCUGAACUUCAAAGGAAGGAAGAACUGCUACUGGAAACCAAUAAUGCAUUAAAAAGAAAGUUGGAAGAAACUACCGCAGCAAUUCGAUUGUCAUGGAAAGUCGGAGAGCAACAUGUUCCAUACAGCUUCCAACCUGUUCAGCCAUAUGAUUCGGUCGAGCCUUUGCAGUACAACAGUACUUUUCAGUUUGGUUACAACCCAGCGGAAACAGAUCAAGGGACUGUGACAUCCUCAACACAAAAUGUUAAUGGGUUCAUUCCAGGGUGGAUGCUUUAGCUUUUGAAACUAAAAAAAUUCAAGAAUUUGCCAUCGGACUCCAAAACGAAAUGAAUAAGUAGCUCUUAAUUAUGUGAUUGUUCAACUUUGCCUCAUCCGUCAGCAUAUGUGUAAACGAUUACGCAAUAAGUUGCCUGUAACAAACAAUAUUCGGUGUUCUAUUUACUUGAUGAAAUGACCGAAGUUUUCUUUAUUGAUGUGAUUUGUUUGAUAACCCAAAAAACAAACCUUGAAAUU